GAACAGAAGUAUUGAUUCAUUUGUUCUGAAAGAACUAGUAACAAAGCAGACCUAGACUGUGGAAAGUUAACGAGAAGGUAAGACUCGAUUAAAACCUUGUCCGCGAUUGCAGAGUAGCUCAGAGUGGAAGCCCGCCAAAGAUCAAAUUUUACACAGUUCGUGUAAGACAACAAAUGUUUUCAUCGUUUUUUAUCGUACUUUCUGGUGGAAGUGCGCUUAAUUUUCCUAGCUACAUAAAGUGCGUUAAGCUUUAGUUGAUGUUUUUGAUGUCCACACCAGAUUUCAAAGCCGCUACGGGCGUAUUAUAUAAUUAAAUUGGAAGCAUUGUUAUGUUCAAUUAUGGUAUCGAUCGAUGCAUGAAUACCGCCAUUAUGCUAAACUAUUAGUUGAUUCAGGGCGACAAAACGUAGAUUAGUUUUCUUAUAAAGGCUUGCAUUUUAAUUUCGCUUUAAUUGCGCUGGUCUUUGUUUCCUUUGACGUUAAAUUAUCUUUUCCUCCCAAGCUUUUCCUUUGAAGUUUGAAGUACUGUAGUAUGCGGCUUCUGAGUUCGAAUAUUGAGCGAUGGUCACGUAUUGCAGCAAUGCCUGUGUUUUAUUAAAGCUGUUGAUUUUUAAAUGAUUUAUGCCCUUUUGUAGGGGCCGAGAUUGUCAUAGGCCAGCUGAGAGGCGACAAAUUUAUUUUUAACUAGCCACUAACCUGACUAUCCCGAAAAGUCUUUAGCUAGGCAAGAUUGAUCUAAGAUCCUGCGGAAAGGCACAUUCCAUGUUUUAUCCACCGUGACCCCCUUCCCCCUCUUCGGAAGGCAUGGGGAUGACAGGAUUUUUACAGAUUCCGACAUGCUCCUCUCACAGGAUGCGUAGCAAGCGUUUCCGAUCGAGUUAUUGCGCGAAAGUUGGAGCGAGAGCAGAAAAAAGUAAAUGGAAAAAGGGGGAGAAUUCAUUUCCCUUUUUUGCUCUUGUCCUGACUCUCAGCUCGCAUGGAAACAUUUGCCACGAACCCUCUAUAAGAUAAAAUAGUGAUUCGGGUCCCUAAUGGUAUCUGGACAAUGGUGUAGCCUGUUCCAGGCAUACAUACACAACCCCACUUGGUAUUUUUCUUUGCGCAUUCCUCACUAUCUUAACGCAUAAAACAGGCUAACAUUCUUAGACCUAGGAUAGCCUGCGAGAAGGCUCACUCUUUCUUCUCAACGGCUUUGCAGGCUUGCGCCGCCAAAAUUUUCCAUGAACUUGCACAAAUGAGCCUGCGAGCAGGGUAGAACUAGGGCGUCAUCGUUUUUGUUAUUAUGACGUGGAGUAUUUUAAUGGAAAGGGAUUUGGUUCCUAUGUGGCCAUCAGAAAGAAAUUUUAAGACUAUUUUAAUACUAUAUCCUUACCAUUAAGCCCAUUUGAGUUGUGGACUGUGCUUUAUCUUUGAUCGAUUUGUUCACAAUGAACAUGCUUUUCAAAUGCAAAAUUUACGACUUUUUGAAUAGAUCAACUGAUUACAGAAAAACGCCCAACAUAAUGAGCGGGACAUUAACUAUGUUGUGAUGUGUUUGUUUUGUGAAAGUGGUUUUAGAAACUUUUGCAAAAUAUAGAAAGACAGAUAGACAACCGCUUGAGGGGUGGUUAAAUGAACGAAACUACAAAACAAAAACUUAAAGAUAAACUAAGUCGUUGAGCUAGAGUGCGAACGCAGACAUAUUUCCGGUCGUCGCUUCCCUUCACCCGAAAAGUAACUUGCUUUUUGGGUGGAGAGAAGCGACGACCGGAAAUACCUCUGCGUUCGCACUCUAUAUAUACUAUUCUAAAAUGCGGGACACGAAAUGAUGUUAAAACCCUGGGACAUGGAGCCGAGCUUGUGUUAUGUAGGAAACCGUGUGGCUGCUUUUUCAAAAUAUGGUUAGCCUGCGAGCAAGCUCACCAAGUUGCGAGAAGUCACGCGAGAGCAGCACGCUCUCGCGCGUUCUCUCACUGCUCACCUUGCCUGCUAUAAAUGGAGAGCUUGCUCGCGGACAGAGCUGUGGUUUGGAUUAUGGCCGGGUAUUUUACAAGCGCACCGGUCUUAUGAUAUGUAAACAGGGCCUAAACGUGGGGUUCUCUGAAAGCUUCGGCGAUUGGAUCGCACUUUAUAUCUGAAAGAAAAAAAAUUACUGAGAAAUUUAAAAAGUGGAACCUUCAUUAAGGACAUUAAGCGGCCACCCUCGAGGUAUCGAUAAGUGACCGCUUAAUGGGGGUUGGCCGCCGAAUAGAGGUUUGUCAUAAAUUAGCCUAAUCUUUAGCAGCGUCUGAUCACUUUACAGUAUUUUGAAACAAACACGCGACGGGCAAAGCGGCAUUACUGGUACCAAUCCCGGGUCCACAAUCAGUUGUCACCCCUGUAUCUCGUGCGCGGCAUUUUCCGUCACCACAUUUUUAAUACCAAAGCCAAAUUAAGUGUAUCCAGCGCUUGAUGGCCGCUUAAUAGAGUUGACAACAACUUAAGGAGAACGCUCUUCGAGAUGGCCAAAUGGUGGCCGCGGCCGCUUAAUGGGGGUUGCUGCUUAAUAGAGGUUUCAUUUACAAAUCAUUUCCACAAUAAUUUCGGGUCUUUAACUGAUUACUGGCUGCUUUUAAAAUAGAGGGUUGCCGUUUAAUGGAGGCUCAACUGUAUAGUUUUUUUAAUGGCAAAAUUGAUCUGUUGUAUUUGUUUCUCCACACCUCUGUUCGCUAACAAGAAACUUAUGAUGUGAAGUAAAGACUGAAACAGGCCGGGGUUACUUAAAAGGUUCUAUCAUCAUGAGGAAAACUCUUUUCAUGGUCGCUCACUUGCGCCCUGAUACUCACUUUUCAAGGCCCCCCAAACUGAAUUUUCCCGGGGUCAAUCACUGAACCCUCUCUCCCAAGGAGAGAGAGAUAACCCACUACACGCGCGGUUUUUUAGUGUUCUUCGUUUGUGGUUGGUAAAGUAAGAGAAAAAGCCAAAAGUUAAUCGACGACAUACGAGAAAACGUGGGAGAAGGAGGCGAGGGGCCCUGCUCCAUCGUUUUCUCGUUUGAUCUCUUACCUUACGAAACACGAACGAAAAACACACGAAAAAACCGGCUGUAGCUUGCGUAGCAGGUUUGUUUUUUUAGGUCGAAAGAAGAAAGCUCGAGGACGCGCGAGGAGGGAUUAAAAAGGAGAGGAGGCUCCUCCGCCCUUCGCGAGUUCCCCUCGCGCAGCCUUAAAAAAAAUUACCGGCGCCGCUUAAAAAUACGUUAAGGCGCUCCAGAUAUUUUCAUUUUUUCGGUUUUAGUCCUUCUACUUUAAAUUUUCUAGCGACCAUGAAGAACUGCGGUGAUGGAUCGAUUUUAGUUGUGGAAACUGUAUCAUAAGGACUUUGAGAGUCAAAUAGUCACUGGAAUAUAAGACGUAAUUUGCAAACUCUCAUUAGUUUGCUUGGUUUCUUGUUGUCUACAGCAGGUGACACGGCGCUGGAAUGACUGAACUGGUGUUACAUGAGGCAGCCGUCAAUGGUGAAUGGCAGACACUAGAAAGCAUGCUGAUGAUCCACCGAAUAGAUAUUGACCACAAAGACGAAGACUUUGGCGACCGGACAGCUCUUCAUUGGGCAGCUUCUAAAGGUCAGUAGACAGCAAUUCCGGACAUAAGAAUUUAGAUUUACGUAAAUGAUCUAAUAGACGCCAGGGGUGUUCAUUUACUGUUAGGGAUCCAAGAGGAGGCGAUUAGUAGAUAGGAGGCGUUUAAACAUAUAUAUAUAUAUUAGGGAGCUUAAGCAACGACGACGGCGACGGCAACGAGAACAUCCAGAAGGGAAUGUUAUUUAUUUCAACAGCGACGUUCUUGUCGCUGCGUCACCGUCUUUAUUUGCUAAAGCUUCCUAAUAUCAGCUUUAACUGGUAAAUGUAGACAGACUGUGUUAAAUGAAGUUGAACAUCAACGUGGUUAGAAAAAACGCCAGUGGAAACCUUUUCAAAGAAACAGGCUUGGAAAUCUAAACAUUUAUAGCGGAAGUCUCCCCCGCGGUGGUAAAUAGUGACUUGUAGUCACGUGACCUUACGUCCGUCCGUCCGCCCGCCCGCCCGUCCGUCCGCACCAAAGGCAUACCAAUGUAAAGUAACUCAAUCAACAGGUAUUGCAACCCAAAUGUAACUCGGGAUUUUUUUGGCGGGAAAUUUCAUGGUCACCAAUAAGGAGAAAACGGAAAGCGGAAAUUAUUUCUUUGUCCGUGUUGUCUAUGGUACUAAGCCUAGAUUAAUUGCCAUGUCGACAAAUUUGGAAUAUAGAGAAAGAGAAAGGCAGAGACUGAAACGAGAAAGUGGGCGACAAGCUAGCGAAGCUCAGCGAGAAAAAGAGCGACAGAGAGCUAGAGCGAGAGACAAAAAACAAAGGAGACGAAUUUCGUUGGAAGAACAACAUGAAUAUUUUGAAGUGGCGUUCUCGUUGCCGUCGCCUUUUAGCAUGACAGUCAACUCCCGCUCAGACGGACACCUUUGGGACCGGGACCGGCAGUGAGUGUCCGUCUUAGAGAGAUGUCCGUCUUAUAGAGAGCCAAAUAAAGGGAGUAAAGAAAGGCAGGGACCAACUCUAGGUGUCCGUUUUAGGGAGGUGUUCGUCUUAUAGAGGGGUCCGUUGAGAGAGAGUCGACUGUACACGAUUGUAUUUUUUCAGUAAAUUAUAAGCAUAUUAACGAGAGCUUCGCUUUUAGCCCUGGCUAAAUCUAUAUAUUAGACCCAGCUUGAUAUUCAUGAUGCAUGAUCGGUUAGACCAGCCUGAGAAGGUACUCAGGGUAGAGCUGUUCCCGGCGAGAAAUAAUUUCUGCUUGGCAGCAAGACCGCUCAAUUAAAGUACUAAAGACGCAUUGUUACAGGAUUGGCCUACUAAAAGACUAUUCCUAAAGUUCAUCACUCAGUCCCCGAGAUUGCGUUUCUUGCGGCCGAAACACAUACACGUGUUUGUAUUCCAUUUCGUUACCUCAUUACGCGGCGCCACAGAGCCAGGUCUUCUUUUUCCUCCUCCUUUCCACUUCUUUUUUGCACUUUGACAAACUUUUUUGAGAAUACAAACGCCUUUAAAUUUUGAAAUGGAGUGUCUAGACAGCAAUUCUAGACCGAGAGCGGUCGUGCUUCUUUCCUCAGAGCCACGUGCAGCGAGCGAAAAAGUAAAAUUAUGGAAAUUAAUGGUAAAAAGGAGGAGAGAAAGAAUUACUAAUGAUCAAACGUCGAACUUUUCAUCAGACGAACCCGUCGAACUUAACUAAGUGGCGAACUAACUUGAAAAGACAAAAAAUAUGGCCACGCUGCUCGCCCCCUUCGCGUGCUCUCGAUCUACUGUGACACACACACAAAAAAAGAGACUGCUCGCAGUCUACAGCAAUUCCUUAAUUGAAGUGUCAAUGCCAAAAAAUGUUUGAACCAUUAAAAGUGUCAACGAUUUAAAAACGAACAUCUAAUUAUAGUCACUGUUUUGACCUCCCAACUGGAAACGGAAACUCCAUUUUCUACGUGUUCAUCCGAGCAACGCGAAGGCGAAAGCGAGGGUUUUUAGGGCAAAGGCAGUACCGUCUUAUGAUCACGAGUGUUAGCUACCCAACUGUUAGCUUCAAACUAUUUAUUUUUCUUUCAGGACAGGCUAUUUGAUGGGAAGUUUCCACAAAUGCUUUUCAAACUUGCUUUGCGCUGAAAUAGGAACAGAAUACUAGUAGUGAGCACUUUAAAUUACUAUAGCACUCGAUCUGUUGUCAAUACGCAAGUUCCUAAUGAGGAAUUCAAGCGAAACCACUUAAGCUGUCCCAGGAGGGCGGCUACCUUAAUGACCGCGAGCUAAAAAUCAAUAUUCUUUGUUUGUUCACCCUCGAGAAACAAUACCCUCUCAGAUACUUAUACAAGAACUCGAGACUCGAUGCAAUAAAUGUAGAUUUUAAUAAUUUGUUCGGUACUCGUUAAGCUCACUACACUCCUACAAGAAGCUCCCGGCUAGCGCUAUUGAUCGUCGUUAAAGUUUUGCGGCCUGUUUUUUGAAGAGGUAUGACGAAUCAAGAGAAACCGGCGACUAAAGCUUUGUUUAACAACAGCCACGACUUGCUUUUACACGAAACUUGUGCGCUGGGAGAUGACGGAAAACUGGAAGAGUUAGGAAGUUUUAUUCGCGGUGGAAAGAUAGAUGUUAAUUCGAGAGAUGAAGAAUGGGGUGACAGGACAGCGAUGCACUGGGCAGCUCUUAGAGGUAGAGAGUUUAGACUGAUGCCAAGUUAUUUCAAUCUGUUUCUCUAGGAGGAUUAAUUUGUCUGAAAGUUAUUUAAAGUUUUGAAGACAUAGUUACAUAAUUACACGGAGUUUUCUUCCCCUUCAUAAUCUCAAUUUACCCUUGGCUCAAGCUGUAGAGAAGUCUGGUCCUUUUGCCGGCGAUUCACUUUGUACUGAAGGUUUUGUACUCAACGUUUUGUCGCUGUGAGACAGUAAAAUGCCUGGUCCUGUUAUGGGUGCGCAAUAGAUUGUAUACAAUAUACAGACCAAGACGAAAGAGUCUUAAUUUGAUUUUUUUCUCCCUAGUCCUUGAUUAGGUUUGACUACAUGUGAUGCAGGAUGUUUUAAGCAUCUCAGAACCUUUUCCUCGAUUCACAACAAAUAUCUAGAUUUUGCUUUGAACUCUCAAGUGGAAAGGUUGUUAACAGUGACGUCUAAAACUUCUUAAGCCGCGUCUACACGAACAACUUUUGAAUAGCCCUGACCAGGAAAAACUUGUCUUGUUUUCCAUUUACACGGACAAGUUGCAAGUUACGUUUAUACGCCCCCACGCCGUUGCGGUGGUUCCCUUGAUAACUUACCCGAUUUCAGUCCAUAAUGGGCAAAAUGUUUCCUCCUUUUCAGAUCAAAACGCGACUCAAAACUCAUACCGUUUGGUACGGCACAUACCUAUAGAGCUUACAUACGGGAGUACCCCCUCCCUUGGGGUGUGCGGUUAGCGCUCAAAUUACUGUGCCACUCAUGCUUCCCGAUUGGUCAACUUCAUACGUAAGGAUUAUUAGCGUUCAAUCCUGGACAUAUAGUUUUGUCCUAAUUGAACAGUCCCCCGUUUAUUUCAUGCAGUCUUGCUUAGCGGGUCUGACGUUUGUUCAACUUUAGUUUUAUUCGGGUUUCUUGACAGCCGUAUAUCGUGCGAUUAUACUUACUUCCAGGGGUUAUUCUUCAACAAAUAAAUGCCUGAGGGGCUAGUCUGCAGUGCAGGCGUAUUUUGGGCGGGCGAAAGCUGCUUGAUUAUGUUCGUACUAUUGUAACCGCCACCUUUGUUAUGACGGGGGAAGAUUAGGGAGAGUAAAAAUAGUAACCCUAAGGGUAGGUGCUUGAGCGAAAGAAGGAAAGAGGGGAGGGGAGAAAAAAGUACAAAAAGACUAUACCUAAGGUUUUCUCUUCUCUCUUCCCGCCCCCUUCCCCGCUCCUUUUGACUCGCCCCAUUUUCUCCCCUCUUUUCGAGUUAAAACAUGCGCUUUCGCGAGCAAAACAUUCGCUCGCCCGAAGAAAACGCCUGCACUGCAGGCUAGAGGGGCUUAUUUACAAUUAUCCUGAGAGUCAAACUUAUAAGCGGCCCCCGGUUUUCGCAAUUUUGCUUCCCAUAUUUACUGUAAAUUUGACUUUCCUUGAGUGGACAUCUCCAUAAAGCGGACACGGUCGCCCUCUACUAGGCUUCCCCGCUGGCUAAUUGUAUUGCAUUUUACCUCUAUUUAACGGUCAGCUAGCCGUAUAACAGGGCAAUGGUUUGACACGACAGUAGACAUUCCUGAAUGGUUGUCCUUGGUUGGCAUCCACCGACAGCGCACGGUCUACAGACCCUUGUUAUAUGACCAGAGCUUUUAUUGCAGCCAACCUCAAAGAAACCCCUCCCCUUCAGGGAGAGAAUCAAAAGGAACCUCAAAUAAAAAGAAACUCGUAUCCUCUUGAUUAGUCGUCCGGGACGUUUACGCAGCUCAUAGGCCUCUUUAGGAAGCUCGCGAUCAAUGAAUCGGUCAUUUUGUUUCAACAGUUUAUACUAGAUGGGACGCUCUGCUGUUGCUGCUAAUAAUCUAGCUACUUUGUUCCAAGCAAAUUUGCCUUUUAGUUCGAUUAAGCGUUCACUGGCUGUUUCCCAAGGGUGGCCGCUUAAUAUGAUACAGGGUUGAGUAUCCUUUCCGCUUUUUGUUUCCAGGUCAUGCUAAAUGUGUGAAACUUCUUUUGGAAUAUGGUGCUGACCCAGCCGCGCGCAUGGUAGGAGGCUGGACGCCGGCUCACUGCGCGGCAGAGACUGGACGCUUCAAUGUACUCAAAGUCUUUAUCGAGCAGAAGUCCCCUGUUAUGAUCCCGGACAACUCGGGAGACACUCCGAAAAGAGUGGCAGAAAUCUAUGGACACGCGUCUUGUGUUGAACUUCUAGAAAGGUAAAUGUUUUUAGAGAAAGGCACCAGCCUUCCAAUCUGCGGCUGUUCGCAACCGAUGAGUGCAAAUGACUAUACAGCUAUCUUGGGGCCGGUUUGUAUGAAGAAAGGUUGUUCCAGGAAAGAGGGUUAUACCCUCCCAGCUGAGGGAGCGCGAAAAAAGUUGACCCCUGUGCCCGAGCCAAUAGCGUUCGCACGUGCUCUGGUUGUCUCGCCUCGACCGAGCUGACCCAGCAGAGUGAGCCAAAGUGUUUAUAUGGAGUAGCCCGCGUAGCAGGCGUCAAAAGGGGAUAGGGAGGAAGAAAAAAACGGGAAGGAGAUGGAUUAAGGAGAGAGCGUAAGGGAUGCCUGCUAUAAGAAUCCCCUUUUGUUCAUUUCUGCGUCCGCAAAUUCCUGAUUGGCUGAGCCGUAAUGGGUAAUUUAUUAGUGUGUAUUCUGGCAUGUAUAAGUGAGAGACAACCAUGCAUGAUACAGGCACUAAGGAAAUGUGUUCUACUAGCAUAAGCUUUAGAAGAUCAAAAUUACUCCUAUCAUGUAGCAACUUCACGUUGAAACCCGAACUAGAACCAAUGUAAUAGCUUGUUUAGCAGGCAGAGAUGCUCAGGAAGUUUUGUAUACUAGAUUUGUCCAAACACUGAGCGGUGAUUCGAGGCGAUUGCGAUUCUUGCCAGACAUCUGCAAUGCCGAUAUUCACAUUCGCAAGAGCACCGCUUAUAAUUACUCAAAGAGUUUUUGUAAUUCUCCUUUCAUUAUUCGGUCUUAUUCGCGUCUCAUGCUGGCGAGUGUUCCGUUCUUUGUGACCAUUAAGUUUGAUGAUGCAAGACGAAAGGUCUUGUGAAUUCACAGGAAACUGAUCAUUGUUUGUCGUGUUUGCUGCGGGAGCAAGAACAGUAAAGAUGUAUUAUUUUGCUCGAUUAUGAUAUCAUUUGAAACAGGCCUGCAUUUGAAAAAAGCGUCUCGACUUGACAAUUUCCGGUAAACAAAGUAUUAAAUUAAUUUUGCCAAUGCUGAGAAGCGCCCCCUACUUGUGAUUGGUCACGUACUGACAGUCGACGUUAUCGGAUUACGUUGAGAAAUUGGUGGGCGAAAUACAAAAACACCAGCUCUUAUAGCAGGCACUCGCUUCCCUUUUCCCUUUUUGCGCUUUCUCCGUCCUACCUACCUCCCCUUUUUGCGCUUGCCACGUAGCCUAUAUGGAGCAAAGUUGGCCUGGUUGGAAGGGUGACCUGGCUAGGUGGAUCACCCGUCCAGCCGACUGGGUGUACAUUUUGUUUCUAAUGUAAACAGUUCGCCACGUUUUUUAUAGCGGAGCUCUUGCGCUUGCGCAGUGGAACACCAUGGGUAAGAAAAUUUGGUUAUCUAUGCAUCCGAUAAAUUUGGUAGUGACUUGUAGUCACGUGACCGUGCGUCCGACCGAUCGACCGCCGUCCUUCCGCAUCACAGGCAUACCAAUGUAAAAUAACUCAAUCAACAGGUAUGGCAACCCAAAUGCAACUCGAGAGUUUUUUGGCGGGAAAUUGCAUGGCCAACCGCCCCGGGCUUGUGAAGCAGAGACAAUUCAAGAGUCAACAAAGACAAAAUGGAAAGCGGAAAUUGUUUCUAUAUCUGGUCGGUUUAAAGUAUUAAGCUUAGAUUUAUUGUCACGUCCACAAAUUUGGAAUACAGAGGAAGAGAAAGACAGAAAAUGAGAAGUAGGCGACAGGCUAGCUAAGCUCGACGAGAAAAAGAGCGUCAGAGAGCUAGAGCAAGAGAUAAAAAACAAAACAGACGAAUUUCGUUGGAAGAACAACAUGAAAAUUUUAUACUGGCGGUGAGAAAAUGAGAAAUGCCAGCGGUCAGCUAGCUGAAAAUAAGCGGAGGUGAAAAGAAAGCGAACAGGAACACAAGUAACAAAAUUUUUUGUGAGCACAACGACAUUUUCUAAUAAAACGUGUAACUAGGAAGGUUCACGUUGCAACAAUAAUGGCCAAAAAAUGUGCAAAAAAGUGUGCUGCACGUGCCAAUUUUUUUUUGCUCAUUAGACCUAUCGAUUUUUUUGCCUUUCUCGUUACUGCCGCCGGUUAAGAUUACACGAUUUUAUUUUUUGUUUGAGUAAAUGGCCGUUUUUGUACUAAGGACGCAUUAUCCUUCUGGACGAACUUGGGCAAACAUUUGUAGUCUUUCUGGUUAUGCGUUUCAAGUAUAAAGACGAGUACAAGACGCAUUAUGCGUCUGGAGGAACUUUCCUUCGAAAUACGUCUUGAACGAGGUCAGCAUUAGAUCCCAUCGGCCGUAGCCCCUUUCUCCCCUCAUGAAAUUUACACAAGGUAGAACUGUUUUCUGCUUUUAUAUCACAUUAAGAUGAUAUUUCAAGCUGGAAAUGUUCAUGAAAGUGCAAGUCUCUUCAAAUUGAAGGAAAAAAAUUGAUACGUAAGACAGAACGUAUUCGAACCCACGACCCAGUAUACUACGCUAACCAUUAGACCACUGAGAAUUUGCUGGAUGGAGGGGAAAUAAUUUAAGUACUUAUAGCAUCAACCCCAACACAAAAAAAGAACCUAACCAGUUUCGAAACAGUGCUUAGCCCUAAUCUGUAAAAGGCAGUGCUUAACCCUGAUCAGUAAAGGCAGUGCUCAACCCUAAUCGGUAAAGGCAGUGCUUAACCCUAAUCUGUAAAAGGCAGUGCUUAACCCAAAUCAGUAAAGGGGAAAACUACGUUGUGUAAAUUUCAUGAGGUGUCUGAACGGGCAACAGUCGACGGGAUCUAUUGAUAACCCUUGAACGACGCACUACGAAAGGUAGUUCGUCUGGACGCAUAACACUUUUAGUGCCCGUCUUUAUACUAGAAACGCAUAACUAGACGAACUACAAAAUGUUUUCCCAAGUUCGUCCAGACGGACGAAAAGUAUGAAAACGGCCAAUUGUAAAUAUAUUAACGAGAGCUUCGCUUUUAGCCCUGGCUAAAUCUAUAUAUUGGGGUAGUGUACGAAAAGUUGGCGCGCCCAGGGCAGCUCGAGUAGUCCGGUGACCCUUUUACCCGGGACAGCCUUUCUCUCUAUGAACGUGGCUUUACAGUGCUGUCACGCCCUGCUCUGUUGGCUUAGUUGUGUUGUGCUGCUGUCUUGCAAAGCUAAUUUUCUGCUAAUUUUCUGGAAUCAGCGUUACUGCCUUGUUUGCUGAUUGCAAUUUACAACUUAGUUGCUGGAUUUUUAUUGUUAUUAUUUGAGCGGCGCCCAAAUUAAGUUUCCGGGAUCGCCAGAUUGGCUUCAUGGUUGUAAUAGGUCUGCGGGCAAUAGUGAGCAUACAAAGGUAGCCCUAGUCUACGAACGAAGAAGUAUUUGCUUUUGUCGCUUCUUGCUGUCUUGAAAUACAUCUGGGCUCGCAGUUUAGGGGAAGGCGCUCCCCUAAUGUAGUUUGUCAAUGGUAGGAAACAGGUGAUUUUACGAAUUGUCUUUGUUUGUUGCAAGAGUUUUUGAGAUCGUAAAUGUGGCUCAGAUGAAUAAAGAGAUUGUUUCAUCACUCUCACUACCUCUAUGUUUAACAAUACGCAAUUGCGAAACAAUAAACCAGUCUAAAUUUAGAGUGAAAAGGAUAGAUUUGUGGCCCAGCUACACUGAAGCAGUCAAAAUAGCCUAUGCAGGUUCAACUUGUCUAUGCUUAGCUCAAAAAAUUUAUACUCUUAUGUUGAAAAUGGAACAUAGAAUGGAAUCCUCAGUUUUUGUUUUAUGUCUGUUUCAGGAAGGCUGCGUGGGGGCAUAAAAAUGGGAGUGAGAGAGGAGGGGAAAACACGAAAUCUCCGGCAAUCCCCUUCCCUGACAUUUUCAUUCAUUUCCUUUCACGUUUUUCUGUUUUUUUUUUUUACAUGAACUCGCCUAAUUAAACGCUUUCAAAGCGUCUUGUUUAUCUUUACUCUUUAUAACGACAAGGCUGGAGCCCAGCCACGUCUCCUCUCCUGCCUCGAUAGCUGAUAAUGGAAAAGGGAAAUCGAAAAAAGGGAAUGACUAGGAUUGACAGCCGUCGGUUGCAAAGAGACUUUUAGUUUUUACUAAAUUUAGUAAGUUAUGGUAAUACCACUGAUCGUAAUAGGCUAUUUUCACGAUGACAACUCAGGACAAGUGGCUUAAUCUUAAUGAAGAUUUCUUAGUCAUUUUCGUCAUCUCUCUUGGUUCAAAGAAAAAAACUGAGUGUCCAACGGUCCAAACGACAUUUCAGCGCUUGGACGACAAAUUAUUUCAUGAAGGCAAAAAUGUUCAUUUUUGGCCAUUUCUUUCUCUCUUUUUUCAGUGCCGAAGAGUCGCCAGUGCAAAAGCAACUUCUUAUUCGCGACAAGUUUCGCACCAAGACAAGGAAGAUUUCACGAAUAGUAGCUGAGAAAGGCCUGGAGGGUCUUCAGGAUAAGGCCAUAGAACCUGCAAGCUAAUGGUUGGUGAUUUUUUCCUCCGUCUAAAAUUUCUUAUGGUCUACUUGUUACAUUUGCUAUCAGAGUAUGUCUUUAAAAUCGUUGCAUCAGAAGCAGGCAUUCUUGGUGCUAACAGAUUUAGGGUGACCCUCGGCGAGUAAUUCUUGAAUUAUGUGAGGACAUGAGAACAACUCAGAAAAGCUCCAUGAGUUUGUUUGGGGAAUUGACGCUAUAGAAACGCCAGCGCCACAUCAAAAGUCGCGUGUGCUGGUAAUAGAUGACUUCAUUUGACAAGGAUGUUUUUUCUUCCUGGUCAAAUGAACCGCGAUAUCUUUAUCAUCAACGUUAGUUUACAUCAAGUCUUGUCAUGGCGGUUCUUCUUGUCCAGUUCUACAGUUCAGUGGAGGCUCCUCAACUCGCUCACCAUCAGAGUCUCUUUACUUUUGUCAGAACUAACGAUUAUAUUCUCCAUGUAUUUUGGCAUGUAUCAUCUUUGAUUAUUAGGAGGCCGGUGCUUUGCGUCGGAACAUCGUCAUUUUGAAUUGCUGCGAAAGAAUGGGCCUCUGUCGACUCCUGGAGACACAGGUAAUCGAAGCCUACGCGUGGGCAAGCGGGAAUUAGGGCACGAAAGAUAGUCCACGUCAAUAGUUGUAUCGUCAAACUGGAGGUCCUGGUCUAAGCUGUCGUCAGCUAUCUGUGAAUGCAAGAAAUACAUAUCUUGCAAACCCUAGCGAACUUCGGUGUUGCACCGCUCAAGUUAAGCCCUGCCGGUAGCGGUUAGAAACUGGAUGGGUGAUCAGCCGCGAAUAUCCUGCUGUAAGGACCGUCCUACUUUUUUUCUCUCUUGUCUUAUUCUUUUAUUUCGCGCUUUGGUAUUCAAAGCCUCGUGAAUCUUUAUAUUAUGACAAAUUUAUCGUAUUAACUGAGAUGUAAAAAUCGAAAUACCAUUGAUAAUUUACGAUUCCGCGUAGCAAGACAUGCAGUUUCGAUUGAACCGUUCUCAUGAUUCUGCUUCAUUCCUUUGCUGUAUGAAAGGAGCUCUUGACAGGAUCUUCAGGUUACCGCGACUGUAAACAACGCAUCUACCCACCGAUACAAGCCCGCAUUGGCCAAGCUCAGAGUACUUUGAUUUUCAACACUAAAGUUGUGAUUGUUUACAUCCGGAGCCCGCAUAUAAGAGCACUUCCUACGUUCAAAAGAAACAGUUGCCGCUAAAUUCAUGGCGGUUUGAAUUGGAAGUUUGCAUGAAACACUUGUAAAACACUAUUGUACCACAUUUUAAAUUAUAUAUUAUCAGAGUUUUAAACUUGUCAUCAGAGGAUUAGUUUUGUACAAAGG